AUGCUUCACGAAAAUAUAGCUACAUAUCUCUCCGACCGACAAAUCUCAAUACGCAUGGGUCAAGCCUUCUGGUGUCGCGGCCCUGCCCUAUCCGCCCGGUUUACGGCAAAAGAUUUCCCAUCUCUCCAACCACAAAAUACAGAUAAAGAUACAGCCUCGGCAGGAAAACAUGAAAGCGAAGACAAAAACCUCGCACCUUGGCUUCAAGCCCAAGUAGAAAUAACCACGCUCUUCGGAAACGCGCACGAUAUCCUCUUCGCAUCGAAAUCUUGCACAGUCGAACUAAUUACCCGCGGUGACUAUGUCAAGUACAUAGAUGAUACGAGCCGCGCUAUUGCUGCAUGGCACGCUAAUGAGGGAGUAUCUUCGGCUCUAGGUGAAUGCGUUUGCGUUUCAGGCUGUCCUUUAUCGUGGAUCUUCAGAGAACCUGGGAUGCAUGGUUCGAAAGAGCGACACGAUAAAUAUUUCCAGGGAAUAGCUGGUGCCAAUGUCGAUACUACUACAAGUGUGGAGUUUCCGUAUUCGACUAUGGCUAGUGCGGAUGCGAGACAUAUCUAUGAGGCGCUUGAUGCAGCGGAAUCAUUGUUAAGGAUUUUCAUAGAGGAUUUCGACCCGGUGAGAGAUCUGCGGUUUAUGCCUGAUCGUUUUUAUCUAUACGAAAUCCACUCAUCCGUCUUCCUCUUCAAGUCCCACCUCUCAGGCGCAGUCUCUCCAGCCCGAUACCAAGAAACGAAGAAACUAAUGCGCCGCUUCAUCAACGUCCUGGCGCAGGUCUCUGCAAAUGAGAACCACGCACACAUCGCAUCUCGCUACGCAAAAUUACUACAAAGAUUGUGGUUCCAUCGAGAAGAACAGAGUCCAGAUAAUGCGCGCACUGGUACUCAGGUUAGUGUGGAGAGAGGCGAUCAGUAUGGUCAGCGUGUUACGGAGAUGAAUGCGAGUACGAGUGUAGGUGUGGACUCAAGAGGUAUCCACUGA